CUACCAGCAGAAGGGGGAUUUGCGUUUACCAAGUGAACAUCUAUAGCAUCGUUCUCUAGGUGGCGUUUCGCACUUUUAUUUCGGAAAGGGAAUUACAAUACAACAAUGUUUUGACGAAGAGAGUCUUCCCAACGCUUCUAUCAUCCACUUAGCGGUUCUUAGGCAUCAGCGAAACAUUCUCUCGCAUCAGCAGAAACGUCGGAAGCUCCUCAAGCUUGUUCCUCUUUUCGUUGUUUCUUCCUCUUGCACGGCGUAUAGAUACCAGGGGAGGACACUUUUGCUGCCACGUCGCUUUUUGGUGCUAGUUUUUUAUUUUUAUUUUUUUAAUUCACGAGAUGAACUAAUCGGUGUCUUGAUUAUUGAGGUGACGUCAUAAAGGCCUGGAUGAGAGUUGGUCUCUAACGAACUACCGCUACUUCCAAACACAUUCAGAAUGAUGGUAGAAUGGGGCAAGGUGUCGAUACGGUCGUCUUCCAACAACAAGUUGCUCGGGGUUGCUGUGGCGGUGUUGCUGCUGUGUGUCUGUGUGGCAGCGGGACAGAGCUGGCAUUGUGGUAGGGCAGCGCAGACCAUCAUGGGCAUGUGUAACAGCUGCUACGCCUCACACGACAAAAGAAGUAUUUCGAAACCCUCUUAUACACCAGCAAAGCCUUUCCUACACAAACGAAAUGCAGUGCACUUCCUCAGAACGACAAAACGAGAAAUUGAAAGUCGGCCCUCUAUGGGUGACACGGCGAUUGAGGUGGCGGUGGAGCGGAGGUCAACGGGUAACCGCGGUUUCAUCCACGAGUGCUGCAACAAGUUCUGCGAUCCGGGGGAAAUGGUGUUGUACUGCUGCGAGAAACGGCAAAUAGAAUGGGCGCAAUUUCACAACCUGUUAAAAGCAUAGCACGUGUUAUAUGUAGUAAACAACAACAGCAGCAGCAACAUAAUCACCAUCACCAUCAACAGCAACAUCAACAACAACAUCAACAUCAACAUCAACAACAACAUCAACAGAUACGCCUGUUUAUUAGAGUGUAGAAAAGCAGUAAAUGACAUACAUUAAUUUUGCCAGAGUAGGAUAUUGAUUUGAAUUUAAAAGAGUCGGUAGUUGGAAUUACACAUGGUUAAUCAUUUUCUAAUUUGUUAUAGAGGGAUAUUCAGCGGUUAUUAGGUCGGCUUUAGGCUUUUUAAAUAACUAGAUUGGUUAUAUGUUUCAUUUAAUUUACAUGACACUGCCUUUUGUUAUGUUCUACGACCAUUCAAAGAUUCGUUUAAAUGUUGGAUAAUGAAAAUAUAUAUAUAUAUAUAUAUAUAUAUAUAUAGUUCUACGUUCCUUUCGAGAUCCGGCCAUAUUUUUCUUUCAUGAAUUAUAUCCUCCAUUUUCUUACAUGUGUCUCCCCAUGUUUCGGGAAAUUUGAAAGAAGUACUGAACUUUCACCGCUCAAAAUUCAAAAUGAUUCUAUUCUUUUGCAAAUAUUCUAACAUGAGUUCAAUGUGUAUAUCUUUAUACAAAACUUGCUAUAAAAAACACAGACUAAUUGUAUGUUUUGUUUUCUGAGCAUUACAUGAAUGAAAGAUUGUUAUCAAAUUUCGUGUUAACGUGAAAAUGAAUGUGCUCAACCCACCUUCGUUCGCCGCGCAUCUUUGUCAUU